ACUUUUAGAUUGGUUUUCACGGGUUUUCAAUUAUUUGAUGGUUUUCACCGUGUGUGUGUAUCACUGCACUAACAAAUCAUAGUUAUUUUUUAGGUAAAAAGGCCAAUGUUCAAACAAUGAGCUGGCUACAGCGCACUAGAAUUGUGCAUGAAGCUGCACAAGGUCUGGGAUACCUGCAUUCAGGGUGUGUAUUGCCUAUAAUACACAGAGAUGUGAAGUCACACAACAUUCUACUGGGGCAAGAUAUGCAUGCCAAAAUCUCUGAUUUUGGACUGUCCAAGUCUUACAUUAAUGAAGCACAAACUCAUAUAUCAGUCACUGCUGCUGGCACCAUAGGCUAUAUGGAUCCAGAGUACUACUUCAGCAGCAGGCUCACCAUGAAAAGCGAUGUGUUCAGCUUUGGAGUGGUUUUGCUAGAGAUUGUAACUGGCGAACCACCCAUCCUCCCAGGCGUUGGGCAUGUUGUAAAGUAUGUGAAACAGAAGGCCAGCGACGGUGAAAUCAGUGCGAUUGUCGACCCACGUCUCCAAGGGGCAUAUGACAUGGGUUCAGUCUGGAAGGUUGUGGACAUUGCACUGAUGUGCACAAAAGAGGUGUCUGAUGACAGGCCAACAAUGACUGAAGUAGUGGAGCAACUGAAAGAUGCCUUGGCACUGGAAGAAGCUUGCCAUACCGAUGGCCGCAGCGACAAUAGCCAUGGAAGUGUGAAGCCAGAUUUAUCGGCCAACUGGGGACCAUCAGCUAGAUGAUUAAAGACUAGCCAAUCUAUUUUGAAGUCAUUUUCUGCAACUGUCCUGUUGGGUUGCAUCUAUGAUAUGCUGCUUGCUUUUUUCGUUCUAUCUGUCCUGCUACAGGUGAUGUGUUUGCUAUCUUAUGAUUGUGCACGGUUCAAACAACUGAGAAUUCAGCUCAGUUGGAUGCUGUGUAAGAGAGGAAUAUUUCAAAAUAAAAGAAUAAACGUGUUCCUUGAAAUUCCAAAUAA